GUCCUGUCCAGCUUCUCAGGCAAAUCAUAUAGUUGAUGUAGAUGCCCAUGUCGGCUGUUCAGAUUUACUUUACAAAAGAGAAACAAAAACAACAACAGCAAACAACAACAACAACAACAAUAGAGCAACAUCAGCAAAUAUGACAUGUACAAAUAUGAUGGUAAAAGUAAUAGCAAAUAAGCAGUUAGCGAAAAAUAAAAAAUAAUACAGAAAUGACAAUGAGCAUUAUUACACUACAAAUGGAUCAAUACAAAUACCAAUAGAAAUAGCGCUAUUGAUAAUGACCAAUACCAAUAAUUUACCUUUAUUAUCAACAAUACAGUUGUUUAAAUGCAACAAUACAUAUACGUAAUGAUAACUUGAGAUACGAAAGAAUGCAGACAAAUGGAGGGGGAGAAAGAGAAGCAACCUACAUUAACCUUGUAGAUUGUUAUAGUCACAAUAGGUUAAGCUUUGUCAGUGUGCCAUGUGUUACACCCAGUUUACCCUAGGGCAACAACGUUAAUAUAUACGUUUGAUGAAACGUGAUUAUGUGCAUGAGUGUAAGUAUGCAUAUGUACUUGUAUAUGUACAGAAUGUGUAUAUGUGUUUGUACAAUGAAUGUAUAUGUACAGAAUGUGUAUAUGUGUUUGUACAGUGAAUGUAUAUGUACAGUAUGUGUAUGUGUAUGUUUGUAUAUUGAAUGUGCGUGUGGAUGUACGAACAUUAGGUAGGUAAAUAUGUACUGUAUUUGUGUAUGUAUGUGGGAGCGUAGGUACCUAUGUACGUAUGUGAGCAUAUGUGAAUUUGCAUGUACAAUACAUUCGACUCCCAGAGUGCGUGGGAGCCAGAGCACGGCCCCAUCACCCCCGAGAGUCCAACCCACAAACAGGAGGCGUGGUGUCCAGGGAACCAGGGACCACCGCCCCCACGCAGCCAAGCCGGCCAGCGACAGGAACCCCAGAGCCCGACCCACCGUACCGCCCACAAGGGCCAGCAGCAGGCCGCAGACAGACGCACCCGGCAGAGGACAGGGCACGAGAAAAGCAGGGGACAGCCAGACCCCAAGCCAGCGAGAGACCACACCCCACACGGGCAGAAAGGCGAGACGCCCCGCCCGAGGGACCCAGAGACUCCCCGCAACCGGACGGGAAGACCGCCCCCGCCCCACCGGCAACCGGGCCCCCACGAGCCCACCCCCCACCCCCGGAGAGCGCGGCGAGGCCAGCCCCCGGCCACCCCACCCAAACCGGCCGCCGCAGGACCACCCAGGCACAGGGCCACGGGAACCACCCACCCCACCCGCAGGGACCCCAACGAUGGAGAUGGAACAACCAGCAACCGCCCCGCCGAGCCCCCCCCCCUGAGGGAGGGGAAAAAUUAAAAAAUAAUAUUAAUAAAAUAUAUUAAAAAAAUAAAUAAAUAAAUUAAUUAAUUAAUUAAUUAAUUUAAAAAAAAAAAGAAUUAAAAGAAGAUCACAGACAUGCUGACAAACAAGGUCACUACCCCAGCAACUGGCCGACUCGCAGCACCUCGGAAUACCUUGCAGCACCAAGCUACCACAAUAGACGCAGGGACUAGGCCCAACAGGCCCCAACCAAGACGGGCACCCGGAAGGGAUGGACAGCGGGACCCAGGAGCUCCAGACACGCAGUUCGGAUGCAGUAGCCUGAGGCGUCGACCCCCGUCUGACAGGCAGGCCCAGAGCGUACCCCCAGAAAUAUACAUACAUACAUACAUAUAUACAUACACAUACACACAUACAUGUAUACAUACCCACACAUACACAUAUAUACAUAUACAUACACAUAUGUACACAUACACAUAUAUAAACAUACAUACAUACACACACAUAUACAUACAUAUACACAGUUCGUCAGCCCCGACAGCCAUCACGCGCGCGCGCUGCCACCAGUCACAACAUCAGCCACACCCCUGCACCAGACCCAGCAGCCACGGGCGCCCACACCACAAACAAACGGCAGCAGAAACAGCAGCCGCAAUAACCCCAGACAGCCAGCACCAGCCAAUCAAAUCAAAGCGAUCAAAAAAAAACUGCGACCAGCAACCACACGCCACCAGGACCACGGAGACCAGCCGGCGCCAGCCCGCCAGUCAGCCCGAACGCCAACACGCAAACAAGAGACACCAACAACCCCCCCAACCAAAAGGCCCCCCACCCCAACCCAAACCCGCACAAACACACCACCGCCCAAACAACCGAGACACAGCAUCCAGACCAGACACGGGGGCUGCGCCGCCACCACACCAAGUCACCAACAGAGACCCCACAGCGCAAGGUCGGGCCACACGGGCACGUACCCCACCCAACAGGAAGUGAGACCCGCGCGACGCCACACACAAAUAAAUAAUACGAUUAAAAAAAAUAAAAAAAUAAAAAAAAUAAAUAAAAUUAAAAAUAAAAUUAAAAAAAUAAAAUAAAAUAAAAAUAAGUAAAUAAUAAAAAUAAAAAUAAUAAAUACAUUAAAAAUACAUCCAACGCCCUUGACGCAAAUCCUUUAGGGGUGAUGGACGGCUGGGCAGCGCCUGAAGAGCUGCAGCCAUGGCCCACCACUCCCUCCUCUCUGUUGCUAGUCUCGAGAUGUAUGUUGUAAUAUGGAGGUUUUUUCCCACUCCAGACUUGGCCUCUAUAGGAGCCCAGUCUAGAUUGUAUUUUUUACUCAUCCUUCCCCAGCGUUUACCUUUUUCCCAUCUUUUACGGGGCGCCUUGUGGCGACCCAUCAGCGUUCCUGUUAAGUAACCCUGUACACUGUUUGUUUGUUUAAUCUUGAAUGGGUUUGUGCUGAAAACAAAGUUUUGUUGUACUUGUGCAAUGACAAUAAAGACCUACCUACCUAUGCUGCGGUUGAGAGAAAGGUUGGCUUUUGGGAAUUUGUCGGCCAUUCCAGAGCAAGGCCGUUGGAACCUUGGGCAUCACAGAGCAAAGCAGGAGGAGAGCCAUCCAGUCUGACGUGGAGGCAGCAGAAACGGCAUCAAAAUGGCUCUUGCUGAGGAGAAGCAAGAAAUGGGGCCGUAAUCCACUUGGACACCGGCCAGUACUUAAUCAACACUCGUCGCCUGGCAGACAAUGUCGGUUACACGACCUGAAACACCCAAUGCAUCGGAAUACGUAAGCUGAACAAAAAACUUUAUUUGGGUCUAGUUUAUUUUGCUUUGGUUUGGUGAACUAUAUUUCUUUUGACCAUUGGUGGUGGUAUGGAGGUGUCCGAUAUAAAAGCAGAAAUGACACAUGGGGUGCUUGGGUAACAGGAGGUCAAACCGUUUUUACAGCUUAGAACAUUUACAACAUUGCUACACCCCGUUUUUGCAUGCUCCUAUCAUAAAUGAUAGUCAAAUCAGAUGCAAACAACCUACUGCCAUAGAAAACAACUCUGGACAUAAUGUUUUUGAUACUUUUUACGUGCAAAAGGUGGGACCACAAACACACCGUUUUGGCAGAACAAUAGUUUUAUUCAAGCGUGUUAAGGCUAGAUCACCCACACCAACAAGCAACUUAAAGUGAGAAAAGAUAGUUGCUACUUUAAAAAAAUAAUAAAUACAGGAGUAAAAAUGUCAUAGAAACCCUAUAUAAUGUAUUAAAUAUAGGAUACAGACUAAGCAAUACAA